AUGGCACGGGUCUACUCUUUUUGGGUCUUUGAUCGGCAUUGCAAUGCCAUCUACUAUCAAGACUGGUCCCACUUGCACGCUGCCGCCUCGUCAGCUUCGGGAGGGCCGUUGAGUCCAACUCCGUCGCAGACAUCUGGGUUUGCGUCGUUAGGAGCAUCGAUUCAACGAGCCACGACGAGUGCACCGAGCAUCCCUUCCAACGAGGCGCCUCUUGCGCCUCAACGACCCGGCGAGCCUUCACUUCCGAAUGUCAUGCGCGUGACACCUUCUGCCUCCAAUCAGCCAGCGAGCAGUCAGGCAAGUGCUGUGCGUCCAGCACUCGAGCAAAGAAGCGCAACGACAGCCAUGAUCGACAAUUCGGCCUCGGACCUGCUUCCGUUCGACGAAGAAGCAAAACUCGUAUACGGUGUUGUCUUUUCGCUUCGCAACAUGGUGCGCAAGCUCGGCGGAGAAUCCGAGACCUUCAACAGCUUCACAACAUCCACGUAUACCCUGGCACAUCUACAUACCCCGACUAUGUACACGUUCGUCAUCCUCACCGACCCUGUCCCACCUCCAUCGUCAAUACCCAGCCGCAACAGCGAAGGAUACUCGAUUGGCAAUGCUUCCGCCGCCCUAUCUGGCCGCUCAUCCUUCGGUACGGGCGGCGGUAUCCCCGGCACAGGAGGCAUGAGCCUCAAAGGGGUACUGCUGCAGAUCUAUCGGGGGCCGUGGGUGGACAAUGUGGUCAAGAAUCCGUUGCUCAGAGGGCUUGAAAGGGAAGAACGUGUCGUCGAGCCCAACCCGGAUGCGCAUGACAGCGCGGAUGCUGCCAAACUCAACGUCGUACGCGAGUCACGGCUGGACCGAACGCACGGUAUCGACACCGACGCCUUUCGUGAGGGCUUGGAGAAAGUCCUUCUGCAAAACAAGCUCUCUGCACCGGUUACCUAG